AUGGAGAAUUGGCUUACAACCAACCUCUUUAAUCUCCCCAGCACCCUUGUCGAUACCAAAAAUUGGGAAUGCAUUUUCGGCGUAACUCUGUGGAAAUUAUGGCACUGGAGAAACAUCUCUAUCUUUCAAGACCGGGGGAUGGAUGCUUUCGACAAAGUUAAAGGAGAUCAGCAUAUAUUAUUAUCCGGCGGUGAUGAAGACUUGACGACGCAACGGAAUGCACCAUCAGAACUUAGUUGUUGCCAUACUCUAGCCCAAAAUUCGGGCAUCGAUGAUUCAGAUCGGCCAACCCCACGUUGGCCUCCUAAUCGCCCUUACAGCGUGUGGGGACGAGAUCGAUAUUCGGAUCGGAGAAGCUCUGGUAAAAUCUCAGUGUCUAGGUUACAACUUCGGAGAUGCAGUCGUGGUUGUAAUAGAAGCUGUGUUGGUCAGGCUGAGGAACUGCAGCGAUCAGGUGAUGUGGAGCUGGCGACGACAGUCGAUGUGAUUUCUCGAGACGUAUUCGGGAGAAGCCAUGAAGAAAGCAGAAAAAUUCUCGAACUCCAAAAGGAAAUGAGAGGUAGCGUGUCGGUCGCGAUUAUGAAUGUCGUCCAUUACAGAUGCAGCCAGUGUUGUUGUUUCGACGGUGUUGUUGGCAUACCCGAUUUUAACAAUUUUUUCUUUGCUACUGCUGCGUGA